UUUUUUCAUUUCAGCCCGCUUGCUUUUAUAAACAUACCCUUUUUUUUCCUCUACUAGCCAUUGUGUUUAGCGAAAUGACUAAUCUUGUCACGGAGCAGUACGAAACCGGCAAGCUCUUCCUCGAGGGAACGCUCGGCCACCUGACCAAGGAUCAAGAGCAGCUUCCUGCGCCAGCUCUGGAAGCCAAGGAGGAGGCCGAGGCGUACCGCCAGAUCGUCUCGGACAUCGCCCCCGAGUCGAGCAACCCGCCGCCAUUUGUGCGCGAAUCCAGCAACACAGUGCGCGAGGCGUUCUGGGACGCCAUUGCGUGCGAUCACCCGGACGUGCUUUUGCUGCGGUUCCUGCGGGCGCGCAAGUGGAAGGUCGAGGAUGCACUGAAUAUGAUGCUGUCGUGUCUAAAGUGGCGGCUCGACGAGGACAUUGUUGCGCUGAACUGGGAGGGCGAGUCGCGUCUCAACUACGCGCUGCUGCAGCGUGGCAUUGGCGCCAUCCAUCAGACGGACCGGAUCGGCCAGCCUGUGCUCUACAUUCCGGUCAAGAAGAACGACCCGAAGGCACAGCCCCAGGACCAUAUGCUGGACUACACCGUGUAUCUGAUGGAGGUCACCCGUUUGUUCCUGCACCCGCCUAUCGAGAAGGUGUGCCUUGUCUUUGACACCACCGACAUGUCGCUGGCCAACAUGGACUGGACAUUCUUCAAGACCUUUUUGCACUACCUGGAGCACUACUACCCCGAAUGCCUUGGCCUGGUGCUGAUUUACAAUGCCUCGUGGGUCUUCAACACGCUGUGGAAGGCGGCGCGCCCCAUGCUGGACCCCGUAGUGGCCUCCAAGGUCCACUUCGCCAACACCAAGGAGGAGGUAUUGAAGUUUAUCCCCGAAGAGCACCUGCCGACGGCCCUGGGAGGCGCCGAUCCGUGGGUCUUCAAGUACACGCCGCCCGUGGCCGACGAGAACAAGCCCAUGUUUGACGCUGCUGCCCGCGAGCAGUCGCACAAGGAAAAGAUCGCGGCCAGGAACGAGUUCGAGUCGGUGACCAAGCUGUGGGCCGAGUCGGGCAGUGGUGAGUCGGCGGAGGAGUUCGUGGAGAAGCGCAAUGCCACGGCGCAGAAAUUGAUUGAGGCUUGCGCGCGCCACGAUGUCUACGUGCGUGCCCGGUCGCAGUUCCACCGCGCCGGUAUUAUUGACGGCCUUAAUGUUAAAUGGUAGUACCUUGGUCUGGAUAUCAAAAUUUUAAUAAGUAACCCAUGUGGGCUCUGUCG